GCGCGUUCCUUCUUAGGGUUUAAUCGAUGAUGACAAGAUCCUACAGGAGCCUCGUCUCUGGAUUGCGCGAUGCGGUGAGUAGAUUCCCCUCCAGAUUUCACUGGCGCGGGGGCGGAAGAUCCGUGGCCACGAAAGCCGCGUGUAGCAGCUGCAGCAGCAGCAGUGUGGCGGCGGAGCGAGAAGACGAGGCGGGGCCGAGUGUGUCGGAUAUGCUGGUGGACUCUUUCGGCAGGAGGCACAAUUACCUGCGAAUCUCUCUCACGGAGCGCUGCAACCUUCGCUGCCACUACUGUAUGCCCGAGGAAGGGGUGAAGCUCACGCCCGGCGCACACCUGCUGUCGCAGGACGAGAUCGUGGCUCUGGCCAAGGUGUUUGUUGGCGGCGGCGUGGACAAGAUACGGCUCACGGGAGGAGAGCCCACCGUGAGGGCGGACUUGACGGACAUAUGCCAUCGCUUGAGCGGCUUGAGCGGUGUCAAGACUCUGGCCAUGACAACCAACGGCCUGGUUCUGGAGCGCAAGCUGCCGCAGCUAAAGCAGGCAGGAUUGAAUCAGCUCAACAUCAGUCUCGACACGCUGGUCCCGGCAAAGUUCGAGCUCCUCACGCGGCGCAAGGGCCAUGAUCGUGUUCUUGACUCCAUCGAUGCGGCAGUGGAGCUGGGCUAUAAUCCCGUCAAGGUCAAUUGUGUAGUGAUGCGAGGCGUCAAUGACGAUGAACUCGCCGACUUUGCGGAGCUCACAAGGCACAAACCGAUCAACGUCCGGUUUAUCGAGUUUAUGCCGUUUGACGGAAACGUGUGGAGCUCCAAGAAACUAGUCUCUUACGCCGAGAUGCAUUCGAGGCUGGCCCAACGUUACCCGUCUCUCAAGCGUCACUGUGAUCAUCCGAACGACACUGCAAAGAACUUCCACAUCGAGGGAUACCAAGGCUCUGUCUCGUUCAUAAGCUCCAUGACACAGCACUUUUGCGGCGGAUGCAAUCGGUUGAGACUAAUGGCCGAUGGAAAUCUCAAAGUCUGCCUCUUUGGAACAGCCGAGGUUAGCCUAAGGGACGCGUUAAGAAGUGGCGUUCCCAGUGAUGAGCUCGAGCAAAUCAUCAGUCUAGCGGUUAAGAGAAAGAAAGCAGCUCAUGCUGGGAUGUUUGAGCUUGCAAAGACACCAAACAGGCCCAUGGUCCACAUUGGUGGAUGAUCUCCAACUAUACUGUCUAUAUCUAUCUAUCUAUCUAUCUAUCUAUCUAUCUAUUUACGUGCAGCAUGAGACUGAUGGAGUGUAUCACCGGGUGUACAGUAACUAUAAGCAAUAUCCUUGAAGUCAACGGAAGUCAAUCUUUGAA